UAAAAAUGAGAGGGGAUGUGGAGUUGCUUGAAGACGGCAGAGGCAGUUGUCUUCAAGAUUUCAUGUAAGACACAGCUACCUGCUGCUCCUGCUGCUGCUGCUUAUAUUUGCUGCUUCUGUUGUCGCUUCUGCUCUUGGUGCUCCUGUGGGUCCUGUCGAGACCUGCUGUUGCUGCUAUUACGAGUUUCUGGCGUUCCUCGCGCAACUGCUGGCACUACUUCCAUUCUUUUCAGAGACUCGGCUGCUGAGAUGUUACGAAUUAUCUGUUGUGCGAGUGUUGCUGUGAUGGUUGUGAUGGCACAGCAACCCUUAAGCUUCCCAGAUGACGUGCUGGCUGACCCUGAUGACCUGCCCUUCCCUACGUACAGCCAAGUACCUGACACUGCCUUUUCCUGUGAGGGACGCUCGGGUCUUUUUCCUGACCCCGAGGCUGGCUGCCAGGCGUUCCAUAUCUGCAAGGGUCGCUUCAUGUACAGCUUCCUGUGUCCCAACGCUACUCUCUUCAGUGCCAAUUAUCGUGUCUGUGAUCAUUACUACAACGUCCGCUGUGCCACCACCAACCCAUCUAGCCCCUAGCCUAGAGAUUCUAACUUGGACGAUACCAUCCUUUCGUCCUGGAGAAGAAAGGGAGCCAUCGUCUAGUUAUCUUCAAAAUCAUCCAUGACAUUGUUGCACAUCCAAGAAAGGGACCUUGAAUGGGUUGCCAGCAUUUUUUCUUUCCUUAUAUUUCUUUUUUUUAUUUCCUUCAUAAUAUAAGACUUCGUUCAAUCGAUUUCAGAUUUUCAACAUUAUUGUAUGGUAAGCAGGGCAGGAAAUCAGGCAACUAUUGUCCUGUGCAGAUGCCCUGUAACAAGUGUUAUGUAACCCAUUCCAAGAUUUCUGAAGGGUCAGAUGACUUACGAAAGCUUCUGCUGCUUCGCUUCAUUCACAUAAGGUACAUCCUACUCUGACGACGGCGGAGAGUGACAGUAAAGUGUAGGUACACAAUCACGAGUUUUAUGUCUGAAAUGGUGCGAGUUUUUCCCUUAUAUAUAAGUUUAAAUAUAACUGAUAUCUCUUUCUAAUGGUUUCAAUCUGUAAUGUCUGGUGUAUCUUAUGUAUAUAUGGUACCUGAUGAUGUUAGUUUGUGCAGGUGAAAAUUUUUCAUUAUAGUAACACAGAGAACUUGGAAUUACUGGAGUUUAUGCGACAUCUGGAAAAUGCCUCGUCUGCUCGAUUUUAAACUUUUAGCGCUAGGGUGCUUUCCUGUACGCAUGUUUCGCCUUAUUAUUGAGCUGCAUAAGUCCCAAUUUGUCAGUUUUAUUAAAUAAAUUGUGAUGCUGAUUGUCAUUCAAUAAAUAAUGCCUCUUC